GUGUGGUGUGAAUGCACUCGUCCACUGUAGUUUGUGUGUGCUCCUGCAAUCUGAACAAUGACUCCGCGGCGAUGAUAGCGAACCCGUAGAAUGUGUUACCCAAGACUGGAUUUCUGUGUUUUGUUUUCCUUCCAGUGCCAGCGUUAAAUGUACAAGUUCUAACCAUGUGGAUACCAACGGAACAGGAGAAAUACGGCGUCGUGCUGGCCAGUUUCCGUGGGACUGUUCAGCAUGGCUUGCCGCUGGAGAUCGGGGACACGGUGCAGAUCUUGGAGAAAUGUGAAGGUUGGUACAGAGGCUUCGUCCUGAAGAAUCCCAACGCCAAGGGUAUUUUUCCGUGCAGCUACAUCCACUUGAAGAGCGCUCACAUCAAGAACAAAGGGCAAUUUGAGACGGUCAUCCCGACUGAAGACUCAGUAAUCACAGAGAUGACCUCCACGCUCAGAGAGUGGGGCUCUAUGUGGAAACAGCUAUAUGUGCGUAACGAGGGGGACCUGUUCCAUCGCCUGUGGCACGUCAUGAACGAGAUCCUGGACCUACGGAGGCAGGUGCUGGUGGGCCACCUGACGCACGACCGCAUGAGAGACGUCAAGCAACACAUCACCGCACGCCUCGACUGGGGCAACGAGCAGCUGGGUCUGGAUCUAGUGCCCAGGAGAGAAUUCAGCAUGGUGGAUCCAGACGAGAUCAGCGUGACAGAACUCUACCGCCUGAUGGAGCAUCGUCAUCGUAAGAAGGAGACGCCGGUACCUGCCAGCACACAUCACCUGUUUGUACAGGUCAAGAGCCUGAUGAGCUCUAACCUUGGGGAGGAACUGGACAUCUUCUUCUACAUCUAUGAUGGGCGCGAGAGCCGGCCCCUAAGUGAACGCUUCUUUGUGCGGUUGAAUAAAAGCGGACUCCCCAAAUCUCCAGAAAGACAGUGCACCCUCUUUGUGGACCUGGGUAGCAGUGAUCUGAGGAAAGAUGUCUACAUAGUCGCGCACAUCAUAAGGAUAGGCCGAAUGGGUGCUGGUGAGAAGAAGAAUCAGAGCACGGUGCAGUACCGCCGGCCGUUCGGCUGUGCCGUGGUCAGCAUCGCCGAUCUGCUCACCGCCGACUCCAAAGAUGACCAUCAGCUCAAAGUUUACGCAUGUAAUACGGAGAGUGAGUGGUACCAGAUCCACGAUAACAUCAUCCGAAAGGUCAACUCACGAUACAACCUGUCAGGAUCCAACACUGGCUUAUCAGUGUCUAUGCAGCUGCUGCAUGGCGAUAUGGAGCAGCUGAGGAGAGAAUACAUGGUGCUGUUCACACGCGGCGUCUCCGUCACCAAGAAACUGGGCUUCUCUGACAUCAUCAUGCCAGGAGAGAUGCGUAAUGACCUCUAUAUCACCUUGGAGAGGGGAGAGUUUGAGAAGGGCGGCAAGAGUGUAGCGCGCAACGUGGAGAUCACGGUGUACGCUUUUGACAUUGACGGACAGAUACUCAAGGGCCAGGUGGCAGCAGGUUCGGGGGAGGCAGGGGGUGAUGAGUACCACUCCUUUGUUCUCUACCACAACAACACGCCACGCUGGGGAGAGCAGAUCAAACUGCCCAUCCCUGUAGACAUGUUCCGGGGAUCCCACGUGCGCUUCGAGUUCCGACACUGCUCAACGAAAGACAAAGGAGAGAAGAAGCUGUUUGGCUACUCCUUCGUACCGCUGAUGCAGGAGGAUGGGAGGACUUUACCCGACGGCACUCACGAGCUCAUUGUUCACAAGUGUGAUGACAAUGCAGUGCUGCAGGACUAUGUGCGCUACCUGAAGUCUCCCUUCUCCAAGAGCAACCUACCUGGCAACAACCAGGCAGUGAAGGGGGGCAAGGAGUCCUUCUGGAUUACAUCAUUCCUUUGCUCCACCAAGCUAACACAGAAUGGCGAUAUGCUGGACCUUUUGAAGUGGAGGGCUCACCCAGAGCGCAUCAGUGAUAGCCUAUCCAAACUCAAGGAUAUUGAUGGCUCAGAGAUCGUCAAGUUCUUGCAAGACACGCUGGACACUCUAUUUGGUAUUCUGGAUGAGAGUUCGCAGAGAUAUGGCCUGAAGGUUUUUGACUCUCUGGUGCACAUCAUCAAUCUCCUGCAGGACAGCAAGUUCCAGCACUUCAAGCCCGUCAUGGACACCUACAUAGAGAGUCACUUCGCUGGGGCACUAUCAUACAGGGAUCUUAUCAAAGUACUGAAGUGGUACGUGGACCGAAUCAUAGACGCUGAGCAUCAAGACCACUUUCAGCAAGUCCUAAAGGCUACGGAGUACAUCUUUAAGUACAUCAUCCAGUCGCGGCGUCUCUUCUCCCUGGCGACGGGAGGCCAGAGCGAGGAGGAGUUCCGCUGCUGCAUGCACGAGCUCUUCUACUCCAUACGCUUCUUCCUCUCCCAGGACAGCAAGGGCUCCAUGCCUGUGGCACACACACAGGGAGUGUUCUUGCGCACGUUCCCCCCGAUCUACGGCGAGCUGCUGAAGCUGUUCUCUGUGCGAGAGGUGGCCACGUUCGUGCACGACACCCUGGGCAGCCUGCCCGCCGCGCCCAACCCAGACUGCCCCCUGGAGUCCAUCAAGCUGCAGUGCAUCGCCCGCACCGUGGAGAGCCAGCUCUACAUCAACCCAGAGUCGAGGUGUAUCCUGCUCCCCGUGGUGCUGAGGCUUCUACAUGCUCAUAUGCAGGAGCAGAGAGAGCUGGUCAUGUGCGCUCGAAUACUGACUACCAUGCUAUCGCUAAUCAAGAAGGAUGACACGGACACCACACUGCAGGAAGAGGUGGAUCUGAUCGUGGAGAAGCUGCUGAGUGUUCUACUGACCACCAUCUUGGAAAUCACCAACCGGCCCCAGCCCUCAGGAGGGAACACGCUCAGGCUGCAGUUCCAAGACAUCACGGGGGAGUUUGUGGCGUGUCUGUUAGCCCUGCUGAGGCAGAUGACUGAUAAGCAUUACCAGAAACUGCUGCAGCGAUUUACCAGCAAAGACGACCUGAGGGAUUUUCUGCUGCAGAUCUUCACAGUGUUCCGCAUCCUCAUACGACCAGAGAUGUUCCCCAAAGACUGGACAGUCAUGAGGCUAGUCACCAACAAUGUCAUCAUCACAACAGUGCUGUAUCUCUCGGAUGCACUGAGGAAGGACUUUCUCAAUGAGAAGUUUGACUAUAAGGUGUGGGAUUCGUACUUCUACCUGUCUGUCAUCUUCAUCAACCAGCCAUGUCUACAGCUGGAGACCUUCUCCCCCUCCAAGAGGAAGAAAGUUCUGGAAAAGUAUGGAGAUAUGAGGGUGAUGAUGGGCUGUGAGAUCUUCAGUAUGUGGCAAAAUUUAGGUGAGCACAAGGUAAACUUCAUCCCGGCCAUGAUUGGCCCCUUCCUGGAGGUGACGCUGGUUCCACAGCCUGACCUGCGCAACGUCAUGAUCCCCAUCUUCCAUGACAUGAUGGACUGGGAACAGCGGCGCAGCGGCAACUUCAAACAGGUGGAGGCCAAGCUGAUUGACAAGCUGGACAGCCUGAUGUCGGAGGGCAAGGGUGACGAGACAUACCGAGAGCUCUUCAACAGCAUCCUGCUGAAGAAGAUUGAGAGGGAAACAUGGAGGGAGAGUGGCAUCUCGCUUAUUGCCACGGUAACAAGGCUGAUGGAGAGGCUGCUCGACUACAGGGACUGUAUGAAACUCGGUGAAGUGGAUGGCAAGAAGAUAGGAUGCACUGUCAGCCUUCUGAACUUCUACAAGACGGAGCUGAAUAAAGAGGAGAUGUACAUCCGGUACAUCCACAAGCUGUAUGACCUGCACCUGAAGGCUCAGAAUUACACAGAGGCGUCCUACACUCUUCUCCUGUACGAUGAGCUUCUGGAGUGGUCAGAGCGCCCCCUACGGGAGUUCCUGAACUACCCCAUGCAGACCGAGUGGCAGCGCAAGGAGUACCUGCACCUGACCAUCAUAGAGAACUUCGACAGGGGCAAGAGCUGGGAAAAUGGCAUCCUCUUAUGCAGGGAACUGGCAGAUCAGUACGAGGCGUAUUACGACUACAGAAACCUGAGCAAAAUGAGGAUGAAGGAGGCAUCUCUCUAUGAUAAGAUCAUGGAUCAGCAGCGGCUGGAGCCAGAGUUCUUCAGAGUGGGCUUCUACGGCAAGAAGUUCCCUUUCUUCCUCAGGAAUAAAGAGUUUGUCUGUCGUGGCCAUGACUACGAAAGAUUGGAGGCGUUUCAACAGCGAAUGCUCAACGAGUUCCCCCAUGCCAUCGCAAUGCAACACGCCAACCAGCCCGACCAGACAAUAUACCAGGCAGAGGCACAGUACCUGCAGAUCUAUGCUGUGACCCCUAUCCCCGAGAGCCAGGACGUGCUCCAGAGGGACGGGGUGCCCGACAACAUCAAGAGCUUCUACAAGGUCAACCACAUUUGGAGGUUCCGCUACGACAGGCCCUUCCACAAGGGCACCAAGGACAAGGAGAACGAGUUCAAGAGCCUAUGGGUGGAGCGUACUACCCUGACACUGGUUCAGAGUCUGCCGGGAAUCUCACGCUGGUUUGAGGUGGAGAAGAGAGAGCUGGUGGAGGUGAGUCCUCUGGAGAAUGCCAUUGAGGUGAUUGAGAAUAAGAACCUGCAGCUGCGCACGCUGAUCACCCAGUGCCAGGCGCGCCAGAUGCAGAACAUCAACCCGCUCACCAUGUGCCUCAACGGGGUCAUCGACGCCGCCGUCAACGGGGGACUGGCCCGCUACCAGGAGGCGUUCUUUGUGAAGGACUACAUUGUUAACCAUCCAGAGGAUGGGGAUAAGAUCGGGAGACUGAGGGAGCUCAUGUUCGAACAGGCCCACAUCCUGGAGUUUGGUCUGGCAGUUCAUGAAAAGUUUGUGCCCCAGGACAUGCGGCCGCUGCACAAGAAACUGGUGGACCAGUUCCACCUCAUGAAGUCCAGUCUGGGCAUACAGGAGUUCCCGGCUUAUGUGCGUAACAGUCCGAUCCACUUCACCAACGGGAGUCCUCGCACCUGUCGAAACUCCGCCCCCAACAUUAUGUGCCCAGAGGGAGGGAGAGUGGUGGCACGCCGCAGUCCUCUCACCUACCCUGCGGUAAACAGAUACUCCUCCUCUUCGCUCUCCUCGCAAGCGUCAAAUGAGGUCAGCAACAUCACCGGCCAAUCAGAAAGCUCGGACGAAGUCUUCAACAUGCAGCCAAGCCCAUCUACCUCGAGCCUUAGCUCCAAUCACUCCGCAUCUCCUAACGUGACCAGCUCUGCCCCUUCCAGUGCCAGAGGCUCCCCCCAACUGCCCGACAAGCACAAGCACCCCAGAGAAAACACCUGCCUCUCCCCCCGAGACCGACCCUGCAGCGCCAUCUACCCAAACCCCCUGGACCCCACCGCACAGAGGAUGAACGCCCACCAGAUGGGGGACACAACGUUACCACGCAGUGAGCCCAACAUCUCAGCCCCCGAGAAAGUCAGGCCUGCCGCCAGUAGCUGGAGUCUUGACUGUGUAAAAGAGACCAACACCCCCCCACCGACUCCCGAAAGGUUACUAGGCCCCCCUGUCCCUCCUAGACCACAGUACACAGUUGGUUCUCCUGCCAAGAAUGUGAGAUCUCAGUCCCCCAUCUCGACAUUACGAUCUCCACAAAAGAACUCUGUGCCCCCCUUCACCCCCUCCCCUACUGAGUGCCAGUCAGCAGGCCUGGUGUCCAACUCCCCCGCCCUGUCCGGAAGCUACAGCAGCGGAAUCUCCUCGCUCAGCCGAUGCAGCGUCUCAGACGCUUCCGGAACAGAUGGCUUGGGAAUCGGAAUCCCCGGAUCCGCCUCCGGUUCCGGCUCCAGCAUCGGACAGCACUCCGACCUCGGGAUCGGAAUGGGAACGCCGCCUCUCCAGCCCCCUUGCUCCCUGCUGCCGAACUCCGCUUCCGGGCUGGCCGACGACCUGGCCGGAACUCGCAAGACCCCGCCCCCUUAUAGCGCGAUCGAGAGGUCUAACGCCCGUCGGCCUGUGCCCCUCCCGCACAGCCUCUCGGUGCCCCCCCAGGUCGACCCCCCUGCCUUGCCCCCCAAGCCCCACCAGAUGCGCAAGCCUGAUGCACCACCUACGCCCACCGAUGCCCGCCGCCCCCCCAUGGAACCCCCUCGACCGAGGGUGCUCCCCCGGAAGGUGUCCCAGCUUUAAUGAGAUGGGGCAUCACAACCACAAUAACAAAACCUUUUUUUUUCUUUUCUGAAAAAAGUAGUUGGUUUUUUUUGCACUU